AUGCCAAGCCAACCCCAACCCCGAGACCGACCCGACAAACGGGACCGGGAUCGGGAUCGCGACCGCGCACGCGAGCAAGAGCGCUCACGCCGCCGAGACCGCGACCGCGACCGAGAGCGCGAGUACAUCCGCGGCCGCUACGAAGACCCGGACGAAGGCGCAACAUCCAGCCCUGGCAACGCGCGCACCGCAAAAUACCGCUUCCGCGGGGAGUCGGGGUACGAGUCGAACUCGUAUAACGAGCGCGAUGAUUAUGACGAGGAGCGUGAGCCGCGCAGGGAACGGAGGCGCAGACGGAGGGAGGAAGAGGAUGAGGCGGCCGGACUUGCUUAUGGGGGUUCUGGGGAGGGGAGGAGACGGGAUAGAGAGAGGGGAACUUCUAGGGUGAAGGACUCGCCUGCUACGUCGCCUACUAAACGGCGGGAUCGAGAGAGGCGAUAUCGCAGAGAGGAGAGUGCGAGUGCGAGUCCUGCUAGAGAGAGACGGACGAGGGAUAUUGAUGUUGAUGCUGAGGCCGAGGCGCGGAGGCGGAGGCGACGUGAGCGCGAGCGCGAGCGGGAAAGAGAAAGGGAGCGUGAGCGGGAAACCGAUGCUGCGGCGUCGGCGAGGAAACAUCGCAGCACUGAGUCUUCGAGUAGUGCUGCGCAUCUCUUAAGUGUGGAUGCUAUGGCGCGUCUUGCCGCUGAGCAUGAGGAUGCGGAUCGUAUGGAACGGUCUCGUGCAGAAGAUGAUGCGCGUCGAGAACGUCGACGACAGCGGAAGCGGGCUGCUUUGGAUGGUGCUGCUGGUGCGGCGCUUGGUACUGAACUCGCGCAGGGUCGGUCACGCCAUAAAGCGGGCGCGCGAGUUGUGUCUGGUGCUUAUUUAGAAGAAGGACAUAGCUCUGACGCUCGGGUCCGUCGUCGUGGCGGUGGUGGACCUGCUAUGGAGGACCAUUGGAAAGACGAAGACAGCUGGGAAGGCAGCUCGGACAGCCGUGGAGGGCCACCGGCUUGGAAAUUUUGGUCCAAUUGGUCGAGAAAGAAACGUAUCUUGGUCGGAUGUCUAUUGGUGUUGCUCCUCUUGCUUGCUAUCAUCAUUCCGGUUGCAAUUGUUGUGUCAAAAAAGCGAGGCUCAGAUUCGAAACCGAGUUCCUCGGGCUCUGAUGGUAGUUCUACUACCUCUAAUUUGGGCAGUAUUAGCCGUGAUAGCAUACCGAGUUACGCCAAGGGCACCGUCUUGGACCCAUUUACGUGGUACGAGACCGAAGGGUUCAACCUCACCUUCACGAAUGCCACUGUGGGUGGUCUUUCCGUCAUGGGAAUCAACUCGGCUUGGGAUGACUCUGCUCGGGCGAACGACAAUGUGCCUCCGCUUAGCAAGGCGUUCCCUUAUGGCACGCAGCCGAUCCGUGGAGUCAAUCUAGGAGGAUGGCUCUCGAUUGAACCCUUCAUCACCCCGUCCUUGUUCAGCAAGUGGCCAUCCAGCGCUAGUAUCAUCGAUGAGUAUACCUUGACCAGAAAGCUUGGAAGCUCUGCCGCUGGCACGCUUGAGAAACAUUAUGCCGAAUUCAUCUCAGAGUCAGACAUAAAAGAGAUCAAGGAAGCAGGACUGGAUCAUGUCCGCAUCCCAUACUCCUACUGGGCCGUAACUACCUACGACGGCGACCCAUACGUCCCUAAGAUUGCGUGGCGUUAUCUCCUGCGUGCAAUCGAGUGGUGCCGCAAGCACGGGCUGCGGGUGAAACUCGACCUUCACGGACUCCCCGGCAGUCAAAACGGUUGGAACCACAGCGGCCAGCAGGGCAGUAUCAAUUGGUUGACCGGCUCGGAUGGUACCCUCAACCGUAAGCGAUCACUUGAGAUUCACAACCAACUCUCGCAGUUCUUUGCCCAAGACCGGUAUAAGAACGUGGUGACAAUCUACGGUCUGGUGAACGAGCCAUUGAUGCUGACCCUGCCCGUCGAGAAGGUCCUAGAUUGGACCCAAGAGGCAGCGGAACUCGUCCGCAAAAAUGGUGUUACUGCCACUCUUGUCCUUCAUGAUGGGUUUCUGAACCUCGACAAGUGGGACAACAUGUUCCAAACUCACCCGGACAACAUGUACCUCGACACCCAUCAAUACACCACCUUUAACACGGGCGAGAUCGUGUUGAAUCACACGGCGAAGGUCGACGUCAUCUGCAAUAAUUGGCACCCCAUGCUCAAGGAGAUCAACACGACCACUUCUGGGUGGGGUCCUACCAUUUGCGGUGAAUGGUCGCAGGCAGACACAGACUGCGCGCAGUACGUGAACAAUGUCGGCCGGGGUACUCGAUGGGAAGGGACCUACGAUACAAAUUCGAAUACGGCAUAUUGCCCAACAGCGGACCAAGGAACGUGCAGCUGCGCAGAUGCGAACCAGGACCCAUCCGAGUAUACGGAUACAUACAAAAAGUUCCUGCAAACAUAUGCCGAGGCACAGAUGUCUGCCUUUGAAACGGCAAUGGGAUGGUUUUACUGGACCUGGCGGACGGAGUCAGCCGCGCAGUGGAGUUAUCGCACUGCAUGGAAGAAUGGAUAUAUGCCAAGCAAGGCAUAUAGUCCUUCAUUCAAGUGCGGCGAUACAGUACCGGACUUUUCCGAUGCAGCAGAAAGUUUCUGA